UGAUGAUUGUUUAUGUUCCGUUUAGCAUCGGUGAAAUUGCACAAAUGUGUGAAAAGGAAGUGAAAUCCUUGAUCAUCCAACUGCGCCACUUUGAGAAGACGCGUACGGCACGACACGAAAACCCUGUUGUCGUUGCUGCCGGAAAUUACAACGUUACGGAUCCUCCCGAUCCAUUAACGGUGCUUUUAGGUACCUCAAGCACGGGUCACCGUCCUCGCCGAAACCGUCGGCUGCGACGAAGGGCUCGGCGAGUAAAUUAACCCAUAGACACAGCCCACUGAGUUUCUCAAUGGGUCGCGUUUCUAAUUCGGUGGUAGAUUCUGCGAAGCACCGCUCUUGCUAGGGCUAGUGUUAGCAACACCUCUGUUUGAGCCCCGAGAGCUCACUUACACGCUAGGGUAGUGCUGAUAUUAUAGUCUCUCAAGGUUAUCAGAAUAGAAAAAAAAAGUGCAUCCAAAUGCUUGCCAGUGAAAUAGCUUCUGCGUUCGUUCAAAAACUCUAUUAUAGUCUUCGUAGAUCCAUUUAAAACGUUAUUGUUGUAUGUUUGGCAAUUAAUUCUAAAUUAAAAUGAACUUUAUUUUUAAAAUAUGGAUUCCAUUUUUAAAUUCAGACUUUUUAUUGUUUCUUGUUUUGUUUUGAUACAUUUGCAUCUUUCUCAUCAAUGGACAUGACAUGAUAAAAAUAAGAUUUAAGAAAAAAAAAUGGACUCCAUGGUGCCUUUCCACCAUACUUUCGCCUUUUCGGUAUUGAAAUAAUCCAUCCCGACAGGAGCCCUCUUCUUCGAUAUAGCGAAGGCGUUCGACAAAGUCUGGCACAACGGUUUGAUAUACAAACUGUAUAACAUGGGGGUGCCAGACAGACUCGUGCUCAUCAUACGAGACUACUUGUCGAACAGUUCGUUCCGAUAUUGAGUCGAGGGAACGUGUUCCCGCCCUCGUCACGUCACAGCCGGAGUCCCGCAAGGCUCCGCCCUCUCCCCGUUACUAUUCAGUUUGUAUAUCAAUGAUAUACCCCGGUCUCCGGAGACCCAUCUGGCGCUCUUCGCCGAUGACACCGCCAUCUACUACUCGUGUAGGAAGAAGGCGUUGCUUCAUCGACGACUUCAGACCGCAGCCACCACCAUGGGACCGUGGUUCCGGAAGUGGCGCAUCGACAUCAACCCCACGAAAAGCACAGCGGUGCUCUUCAAAAGGGGUCGCCCUCCGAACACCACGCUGAGCAUCCCUCUCCCGACUAGGCGCGUCGACACCUCCGCCACCGCCAUUCGCCCAAUCACGAUGUUCGACCAGCCCAUACCGUGGGCCCCGAAGGUCAAAUAUUUAGGCGUCACCCUCGACAGUAGGAUGACAUUCCGCCUUCACAUUAAGACGGUACGCGACCGUGCCGCCUUCAUUCUAGGACGUCUCUACCCGAUUAUAUGCGAAGUAAAAUAUCCCUUAGAAAUAAGGUGACACUCUACAAAACUUGCAUACGCCCCGUCAUGACAUAUGCAAGUGUAGUGUUCGCUCACGUGGCCCGCACUCACCUAAAAUCAUUUCAAAUUAUCCAAUCCCGUUUUUGCAGGAUAGCCGUCGGAGCCCCGUGGUUCGUCAGGAACGUCGACCUCCAUGACGAUCUGGACUUAGAGUCCGUCAGUAAGUAUUUGCAGUCGGCGUCGAUGUGCCACUUCGAUAAAGCGGCACGACACGAGAACCCUCUCAUCGUGGCCGCCGGUAACUACAUUCCCGAUCCUGCGGACAGAAUGGAAAGCUGUCGACGUUGCCCCAAACACGUCAUCUCGGAUCCUCCCGAUCCACUAACGGUGCUUUUAGGUAGUUCAAGCACCGGUCACCGUUCUCGUCGAACCCGUCGCUUGCGACGAAGGGCUCGACGAGUAAAUUAACCCUCAGACACAGCCCACUGAGUUUCUCGCCGGAUCUUCUCAGUGGGUCGCGUUUCCGAUCCGGUGGUAGAUUCUGCGAAACACAGCUCUUGCUAGGGUUCGUGUUAGCAACUUCGUCAAGUUUGAGCCCCGUGAGCUCACCUACUAGUUAAGGUUACGCUGAUAUAGCCUCUCAAGGCUAUCAGCUUAGGUAGGAAAAAAAAAACAACUAACUAUAACUCUAUGGUUUUUACUGAUCUGAUUUAAUUUAAAAUAUUCAACUCAAAACAAGAAAAAAAUAUUUUGUUUCUAUUGUUUGUUUUUCUCGUCUCUAUUAGGUGAUGAGUGUUUUUUUUACCAGAUUUGUCGAUUAUGUUAUGUAUUCAUUUUAAUAAAAUGUUAUGUGAUUGAAAUAAUUUCAAAAGUUCUACUUACAGUACCUAUGUCCUUUAAAACAUAAGAUCUGCAAAAAGUAUUCAGAAAUGUAUGCAGGAGGGAAUUCAGUGAAAGAGAUUUUUACAGAACUUUUUUCAAGCAAAAGUAAUGCCGUGUUAGAUCUUUUGGAUAGGUUUCAUUUUGAGGUGGACUCUGUGAUAAAGACCGUCGAUAUAAGUUCAUUAAGUCUCAUCGACAAAAGUUUGUUAAAUGAAGUACAAAAGUACGAGAACGAUAUCAAUGUACAGAUACGGUUUGGAUCGGCUUUAUGUGAUAUUCAGUGUUGUAUCAGAGAUGCUAACUUUAGACAACAUGUUAUAUGUGUAGAGUAUAAAAGCUAUCAGAAAUUACUUGUAAAAUCUACGCAACUACCACACGCAGGGUCGCUGGAACGAGAAUAUAAUAAUUUAGAUGAAAUAGUGACUACAUUUAGAGAGUUUAUUUUAGAUCUGACACCAUAUUUUCAUCAAUUGGAACUCAUAGAUAGAAAUUGUACUGUGAAAGAACCUAGGAAUCCUAGUUUCAAAGAUGAUUAUAGGAAAAUAUUAAUAGAUGACAGAAUAUGGUUACACGUCGAAGUAACUUCUGAAGGUCUAGCUAAUAAUUUACAUCUCAUAGGCCAAUCUGAGUUCUGGCAAAAUAAAUUACAGGAUGGACUUAUUAACUGGGAUCAUGAUAGAGAUAUAAUAGAAAAUAUUUCACAAAUCUUUGAUAUUGAAGUAUUUCCUCAAUGUGAAAGAAGUCAGAAUACAGACAUUGGCAAUGAAACAGAUUCACAAGUUUGUAGCAUCUGUUUGUGUGUUGAAUUACCUGAUGUUCAAGGUGUGCCCCAGCCUUUAUGCAGCAAUUUAUCUUGUGGAGCAUAUUUUCACAGGACCUGCUUACAUAUGUGGUUGGUUACCAGUGCAAGGAAUCGACCCCAAACAUUCGGCGUUGCAAGUGGUUCUUGUCCUUCAUGUCUACAAGCAAUUUCUUGUAAUGAAAAAGAAAUUUAGGACAGUUACCGCCAUUUUAGAUACUGAUCUAUUAAUUAAUUAGUGAAAUAAAUUUGCAAGAUAUGAA